UGGCGACCGAGCGACCGCAUGGCGCUUGCAGAUGGCGCGGAAGCCGGGCGCGUCAUUGGCGGGGCCGCGAUAGGUUUGCAGCCGGCGAGCGACAUAGGGGGGGGGCGGUGCCGAAUUUCUCGGCCUGCAUGCAGUGCGUUGCUAGCGUCUCCGCUCGCCGUGUGCUUCCCGGCGCACCGCAGCAAGCGAGCCGGGUGUCGGCUUCGCCAGCCUGCAGCAAGCUUCCGUCGAUGCAUGGCUUGAUUGUUGCCGCCGCCAUAAUUUGGCAUCUAUUUACGUUGGGCUCGCACGUUGUGAGUGUGGCCCCCGGUCAAUGAAAACGAAACUUCGACUGUCGGU